ACGAUUAGACCCAGUUUUUGAUGGUGAAUCCGAAUAUAUCAAAUUCGAAAAAUUACAGUGAACGGAAGGUGGCAAAAUCUCAAGUUUUUUCAGAGGGAUGCAAAUCUUUUGUUCUAUUGGGGGCUCUUAGUAUUUUGAGGAUUUGAAUCAAAAGGUGAUAUUCGGAAUCAGUUCAGUUAGGGCUAUCUGACUAUGUAGCUUUCGACCGAAAGCUACGAUUAUUCUGCAUUUUUGAAUUGCGGGCACCUUAUGUUUCCACUAGGUUUUUGAAACUUGUUUGAAAAACAAAUAUUGCCACAAGUUCAUUCAGCAUAACCUAUGUUUCCAUAUGUUUUCACUGGUCUCAGACCCAACUUAAUGGGAAUCAUGUGGCUUCGGAGAAAAUCGUAACCCUUCAAAAACCAUGUGAAAGCCAGAGGUUGUUUAGGUCCCGAUUUGUAUAAGAUACCUUGAUCUAUUACCUAUGAAAAGAAAUCUAUGGAUUGCAAUUUUUGCUUUCCGAGAUCCAAGUUAGUUUCUCAAAGGUUCUUGGAAAACCCAAUUUUCUGAAUCUUUUUCAAAUUGGUUUUUGCUCAUGAGACCUCAACUGUCUAGUUUCGGUUACUGAAAACCGCAAGUCUCUUGUGCAAAUCGCGAUUGAGUUAUUGCAAAAACAACCAAGUGCACUGUAUUUUGGCGCCGAUAAUAAUCUUUAUUUUUAUAUCCAAGGCUAAUCUACCGUAAAGACACAAAAUUUUGGUGAAAAUAUGAGUUUGUUGUCCGGGCAAUUUUAAAAAUUGUCUAGGUUUUAAUUUUGCCUACAACAAACAUUUCAGUUUCACUAUACAGCAAUAAAAAAUUUGAGUCCUGUAAGUAUGUUCUGAUGAUUUUAAGCUUUGGAUAAAUAGACAAAUUAUUUACACUGUUUGCUAAAAAAACUUGAAAGUUAGUUAUUUUUAAUGGUUUUAUAUUUUUCCAAAUAGGAAUAUAAUGCUUUAUUAUCAAUAUUUGCUAAUUGUCUGGAUUAUAUAUUCAUCGAUAAAUAUCAGCAUUUAUUCAAUGAACAUGUUGAACAAGCUAUGAAACAUGUUAAGAAAGUGUUAAAUGAAGAAGAAAAUAUCUUUGAAGUUACAACGAGUGAUUCUAUGUUUGAUCUACUAACAACAUUGAAAACAAUAUGUUGCUCCGCGUGGUCAGAUCGCAUCGAAAUCAUACAUAAACUACAGUUAAACAUUAUUUCAAAAUUAUUGCAAUCACCGAAUAUGAAGUUGAAGACAAAUGCUUUGGAAGAGUUAGUGAUCAUGAUUGAAAAUUCAACUACGGUAUUGCUCAACGUAACACAUAAAAGUAUUGAUUGUGAUAUUUUAUCUCAAUGGAUAAUUGAAAGUUCAAUUGUGUCCGAAGUUUUGAAAGGAGAUAUGAACAAUUCUAAUUACAUAACAAAUACGGGUAAAUUAUUCAAGUUUAUCGGACCAAAACUAACAAAGACAGAUAUUGAAACGAUAUGGAAAGCAGAGUACAAUCAAUCGAUAUUGCUUGACGAUCACAGUUUUACGUUAUUGAUAUCAGUAUGUGAAGAAUUCAAUUCGGAACAAUUCGAAUGUUUAAUUGAUUUAAUUUCAGAACUCUGGAAAUUUGCAACAAAUGCGACACAAGACGAACUAGUUGAUUCAUUAAACAAAGUUGGACAUAAACUAAUGAAUAUGCAACAUUCAGAGAGGAUAUUAGAAAUUCUAUGGACUAUGGCACAUGACGAAAGUUUACCGUGUUCUAUGCUUGAUCGGUUAUUAUCCUGCCACCGUGAUAUUUCCAGCGGUAGCCAUUAUUUAAAUCAUAAAUUAAAAUAUGACUAUUGUUUAAAAUGUAUGGACUAUAUAAAAAGCUAUAAUUUACAAUGGAUCGUCCUAUCUUGUCGUUAUAUAAUGAAAUUAGUCGAAUUUGAUACAGAAAUUAUAUACUUUUUAAUCAAUAAAAAUGAUUUGAUUUUAUAUUUAAUACAAACUAUAGGUCGGUGUCAGCAUGAUGUGUGGAUGCAGACUAAUGGAAAUGUAAGCUCAGAUACACUCAUCGAUAAACGUCAUACAUACAAAGAAUCUUUAAAAAUUGAGUUAGAUUUACUGACAUAUAUAUUGAAAAAAGCACGUAUGUAUGUAAUAUUACGUCGUGCAGAAGAAUUAUGGUUAACAUUAAUCACGAAUCAUGAAGCAUGUUUAAUCGAUAAUGAAUUAGGUUUUGGUUGGUUUAUUACAUCUUUCAAUGAAAUGAACGGUCAAUCACGAAUAGAGUUGUAUGAAAAACAUAUAUCAAAAUUGGAUUCAUCAAAAUUAACAGAAACAGGUUUGAAUUGUUACAACUUAUAUCAUGAUUAUUCAAAUCCAUCUGUAGAAGAAUUGCGUAAGAAAAUUGAACAAUUAGAGUUUACUAUAGAACAGAUAAAAGAUCGUUAUCAAUGUCAGAUAUGUUCAAAUAACGAAAAUGCAAUUAUGUUUGAUUGUGGGCAUGGUUGUUGUUCGAAUUGUUCAAAUCAAUUAAAAAAAUGUCAUAUGUGUCGAAAUGAUAUUAAAAAAAGAUUUAAACUUGAUCUUUAA